AUGGCCGAGUCAGUGACGGCGGCGCAAUCUCUCGGCACCGAUGCAAAGAUGGCUCUGACUAAUUUGUUCGCCACUUUACUAACGAGAGAGCUGCUAUCUUGCGCAGUGGAUCCUGAUGUCGAUAUAGGGUCGUUGUUAGAAACUAUGCCCACCUUACUAAGGAAUUUCUCGGCCGAUUUAAGGGUCGAGCAGACUCAGUCCGACGCCUUCUUUCGGCGGUCAACGGCUGCUUUUGUGCGCCUAAAUCGAUUCCAGAUUAGCCGCAAAUUUGCAGAUAGUUUUCAAGCUCGUAUGGACCUGGCGAUAGCUGAGACAACCAGAAGCAAUCAGGACGACAAACCGACUAUCCCGGAGAAGAUCAAAUUACCUUCGAACUAUGAUCCUAGCGGGGAGUCUGAAUCUGACUGCGCGCUGGAUGUCGAUAACAACGUCGAUAGCUAUGUCGAAACCCACCCAGAUGAGGCUCGCAGACAUGUCGAAGAGAGCACCUCAUUUCGACUAAUGGUGGAGAAGGCCAAAGCCGUAUUUAAGCUGACGAGUUCGUCGCGGACUACGAUGAAGGACGUUCGCCUGCAGGUUGACAAGGCGCUCAGAGCACCUACAGGCAGGCUAUCAUCCUCUCGCAUAAACAUCGAAUGUCAUAUCUCUUGGGACCCGGCUCAGUUCCUGAUAGAUCAGUUUGAUAAUCCAACGGAGGCCAGUCUUUGCGACGUCAUGACCAUAACUUCAUCAAACGAAGAAUUUCAAGCCGCGACAUGCUUGGAAUACGUCCGCCAGGUAUGGCCUAUCACCGGAGAGGAGCUGCUCCUGUCAUUGCAGGACUAUGUCCACAAUCAAUUACUUCAAAUGCCCAGGUCUAUUCCGCCCUUGUCAGUGAAACUCUCCAAUGGUACUCAUGUCAAGAUUGUCCUCUGCAAAGGCCGCCUCUUCGCCGAAUGCGAUGGACUCGGCCAUGCUGUUGCAGAAGUAAUUGAAGAGCUUGCAUGGCUUGGAGCUGCCUGUCGUGAACAUUCUGUAGCAGAUCAGCUUGGCAUGUGUUUCAUUGAUGUCCAAUAUCUGAGUUCCGUUGAGCCACAUAUUGCAGUCACAUACAGCCUCAAGGACUUGAAGCCAGCCACAGGUCAUGCAACUGACUCGUCUUGCUGGCACGCAUUAUUUCGAAAUUCGGUGGUUGUUCAGGGAUACCCGAUAAAACGUCGAACCCAGAACCAACAGGGCCUCGAAAUGCCGAUGGAGUUGAUGCUUGGGCUUGGGCUUACAGACACCGUCACCGUGUACAACCGUGGCCUUGUCAUCGAUGGCUUGCAAUCCAUGUUUGUGCCGGUUGGGAGGACGAAAGACUCAAUUCAAUGGCACUACAUACAUAGCGAGCUGGACGAGUGCAUAAUGUAUAGUCGGGCUGAUGAGGUUUGUCCAGACAGGCUUCGUGAAGAUCGCCUAGACGAAUCGGCCCUUGGGAUCGGUCGUAACUUUGUGGGAUGGACAACCAAAGCCGAGCUUCUAUUUGGAAGCGACAAGAUCAAUUACAAAAACAUCCGACCCUCACACCUCGACCGCUGUGGACCGGGAUAUGCUUUGGAAAAGGCCUCCAUCACCGCUGGAAAAUUUCUGAUGCUUGGAGUUACAAUUGUCCCGGGCCAGAAGGACAAAGCGUCACACCAUGAUCUGAGCAGCUCAUACAAGCUGAUGAUUGGCUGUGCGGCUCGGAGAAACGUGAUCUUAUACGACGCACAAGAUCAACUAGGUUGGCUGACAGACGCUGCAAGCGCACUACUUCACCUAUCUCGUGCCCAGCUCUCACUCGACAUCCUGGAGGGAGUCGAGCUGCAACAGUACCGUUCGCCAGAUCCCUCGUUCAUCGGAAAUGCCUGUAUAAAGGCCCUACUGGACAACACUAAUCGCACGCUGGAGAUUGACCGACAGUAUAUCGGAACAACCGAAGAACGAAUACUUGUCAACGGAAAGUGGGAGACCAAAACCGUGGUGCGAUACCGAACGAUAUACUUCGAAGAUAUGGUCAAAGACAACUGGAAGAUUCUCAACCAGAUCUUCUCCUACUCCGAUUCGCAUACUGGGAUCGAGCUCCCCACAUCAAUACGAAAGCAUAUCGAGGGGUUUGACUUCGAUGACAUCGUGCACUCUGCCCAACAAAUGUUUCCACUUGCCACACCUUUAGACCGGCAGCGAGGUGCUUGGCUCGACUUCGCCAGAAAGAUCAAUGCAAUCACCUUGUUCGGGACUGGCUUUGGAGAUCUCAUCAUUCCUGCUGCUGGUAGCAAUAAGCUUUGUGAUUACUGGAGUCUCGUGCCUAAGAGCCUCGACUACCUCGUUGUCAGCGUUGCUCAUCUGGAGCGGCUAAGAAAUGCUCAAUCCACCAGUCAAGAAUGCCAUUCUGAGAAUAUCGAGCUGGGCAAAGGCAUCUACUGGCAUCGCGGAGAUCGACUCUUCGAGCACUGCGAUGGAUGCACAACCUCCCAGCCGUGUGACCGGGCACAAAAGGUAAAUGCACGGAUACCUGGACGUGAAGGUUGUAUGGGUUUCCCAACAGACAACCCGGCCGGCGCAGUAAUUUUUGGACAUAUGGCGCACAAGCGUCUUUGGAGUAGCAAAGACGAGUUACAUGCCAGGCCAACCCCCCAGUCACGAUCGCAUUUCGAACAGACUGAUGUCGCUUUCUCAGACAGUGGCAUCGGCGCCAGCAUAGCAGAUGCGUCGUCUUUCACAGACCCGCGAUUUCACGACUCCGAGACUGUCGCUGUGCCAGCAUCUUGGGGCCGAAUGAUACACCAGAGCAAUAGCAGAGAUGAACAGCCUGAGUCUGGACGAACCGUGGAUCAUAAGGACUCUCAAAUGCACAGCCAGACUGGCCGGCUUUUAAUCCUGUGCAAAACAGGCUUUAGAAGACGCCUUUCACGGCCGAAUCGUUGA